AUGGCAGACGUAGACGAGGAUGUUAUCCCUCGUGGCCCAGACGUUGGUGACAUCGAUCUCUCAGAUGAGACACAAGACUUCCGUCUACUCUUGAACUUCUCCGGCGAUGAUACGAAAAUACCGAAACGAGGCGAAAAAGACUUUGAGCCUCAUCAUACAAAUAAACAGUCGGAUGCCUUAAGUGCAUCAAGAGAUGCAAUGCACAAUGCGCUCUCUUUCCAGCGAGUCCACCAACCCAAAAAGCAUGUACUGGCUUACUAUCACCCGGAGACCAACAUGGCCUAUACAGAAGAUCCCAAAGGACCCCUAUUCAAGAACAUGGGCAAGGUAUUUCCUGGAAAAGAAGAUCCACUCGGCCCUCGUACCGCGGGGGAAAACAGAAUCUGGCUGCUCCCGGAAGAAGCGAUAUACUUGCUCGAGAGAGGUACAAUUGACGUUAGAUGGCCAGUGGACGACGAUGACGAUAGCGAAGAUGGCGAGGGUCUGCCAAUGAGUUUACAAGGUGCUUAUGCUGCAUUCUUGGGCAUGGAAGGAGACAAUGAAGGCGCUCUGACUUUCGAAAGAUAUUCUGUGUAUGCGGGCUUGAAGAGAGCAGGCUAUACAGUUCACAGGGCGCCGAGCUGGGACGGACCAGGCGAUGAGCCAGGAGAUGAAUGUUAUCCCACUGUACAAGGUACUGCCUGGAGUCUAGGCCUGCUGAGGGAUGGAUGGCGAAGUAUGUUCGUUCCCCGAGCUGCCACAAGGAAAGAGCAGAAACUUGGUCCACUGGUAACACCAGGGAUCUACCGCAACUACGCUGAAAUCUAUCGCCGCCUUGCGAUUAUCCCCAGCUACGAUCCAACAGCCAGGAAGAGGAAUUCUGCAGAGACGACAGAUCCCGCAUUCAGAAUCACGUACCACUUAUGGAAGCCAGGCUCGACGACAUACAAGAAAAGCGAUCCUGGUACGCCUGACUUCCGUAUUGCAGUCGUCAAUGCUCGCGAGACAACUUUCCCAACGCUCGCUCAACUGGGCGAUCUGAUCGACACACAACCGUACCAGGCACCUCGUCAAGAUGCACAGCUGUAUCAAAAGUUGCGCAAUGGGUACAAGAGUGUCAUCCUGGCUGUUGUAGAUCAGGGCGUUACCAGUUAUUUGAGACUGGCAGAUGCUGGGUUCAUCAGAGAGAAGCUGUUUGACCGCAAGCCUCCAGCUGCGCGAAAAGGUGGCAAGGGU